CAUUCAGUGGGAAGAGACAGACGGCGAGGAAGAAUGUGGUUCGUUCGUCAGAUCUAACGGGCGAAAGCUUUUCACUUCAGGACACUUCAGCCUUUAACCCUUCCUGCGCUUGGUCCUUUAACGGAGCGAAAAAUGGGUGUUGCGGAUCUGCCGCGGAAGGAGGUUAAUGUACUGAAAGGGCAUGAGGGCGCCGUACUGGCUGCGAGAUUCAACAGCGACGGUAAUUAUUGCCUAAGUUGCGGCAAAGACCGUACCAUCCGUCUCUGGAAUCCUCACCGUGGUAUUCAUAUCAAGACCUACAAAUCCCACGGCCGUGAAGUCCGCGAUGUCCACGUCACCUUGGACAACUCCAAGUUAUGUUCCUGCGGUGGAGAUCGACAGAUCUUUUACUGGGAUGUGGCAACUGGACGUGUAAUUCGAAAAUUUCGGGGUCAUGAUGGUGAGGUAAAUGCUGUAAGGUUCAAUGAGCAUGCAUCUGUUGUAGUUUCGGCUGGCUAUGAUCAAUCAUUGCGUGCUUGGGACUGCAGAUCCCACAGCACUGAGCCAAUUCAGAUUAUCGACACAUUUUCAGAUAGUGUUAUGUCUGUUUGUUUGACAAAAACUGAAAUUAUCGGUGGUAGUGUUGAUGGAACUGUUCGAACAUUUGACAUCCGUGUUGGCAGAGAAACAUCUGAUGAUUUGGGGCAACCUGUCAACUGUAUUUCAAUGUCAAAUGAUGGUAAUUGCAUACUAGCCAGUUGUUUAGAUUCCACUCUUCGACUUUUGGACAGAACGACAGGUGAACUAUUGCAACAAUACAAAGGCCAUACUUGUAAGUCUUAUAAAUUGGAUUGCUGCCUUACCAAUACGGAUGCCCAUGUGACCGGUGGCUCUGAGGAUGGCUUCAUCUAUUUUUGGGAUCUUGUAGAUGCAUCAGUUGUGUCAAGAUUCAGAGCUCACACCUCAGUGGUAACAAGCGUGAGUUAUCACCCAAAAGAAAACUGUAUGAUAAGUUCUUCUGUGGAUGGCUACAUACGUGUUUGGAAGUCAUGAGGACAAAAUACAAGUUGUGUCCACGCGGUUCUCAUUGUGAGCGAGGGAAUGGCUAAUCCACGUCCAAUCCUUUUCGAAGUCCGCAGAUACUCUGUUGCUUAUUUUUUUCUUACAAAUGGAUUGGGCAAGUGAGGAUUAUCUGGGUAUUCAGGAAAUGAAAAAUGACAACCCAUAAGCUGCAAUCCCGUGUCGUAGAUUCGUUAAGGCUGCAAAGCAUUUGACUGGACUAGCAGCCAUGGGUCAUGAUCUUGUCUUUUUUAUUUUUGUUUUAUUUUCUGGGUGGAGAGCGCCUGGUUGGUUUGUUUCUAAAUUAAUUUUUUUUAGCGUUGCCCCCUUUUUCUACUUAUUUUUAGUUUGAAGUUUACUUCAUUCACUUCUAUAUAUAAAAGACAAUAACUGUA